GCGCCUGCAAUUCGAGGCAUAGUCCACAGCGAAGGAGCAGUCACGCCUACCCUUGACAUUACUUCUGAACUUCAUUUUCAGAACGGGAUUCUCUCAGCGCUGCCCUUCAUCUGUCAGUUUGUCUCCAAGGUCCUGUACGCCGGUUUUGCUGAUGAAUCGAAGAAGCGAAAUUGGUUGGGAUUCACCAACGUCACCAAAGCAUGCAACUCCAGCGCAUCUCUCGGACUUGCCAUUUGUUUCGGUUUAUUGUGUUUCUGUGAUUGCACGUACAGAUGGACGGCUGUGAUACUGAUCUGUUUCGCUAUGGCUUUCGUCUCUGGAUAUAUCCCGGGUUAUAACACAAGUGUCGUAUCAAUUGCUCCUUCCCAAACAGCCGCCAUCGCUGCUUUCAGUAGGAUUUGGGCGCAGAUCGCAUCAUCUCUCGCUCCUUAUGAAAUCGGCGCCCUAACGAAACAGGGUAUCCUGGAAGAAUGGCAAAUUGUUUUUCUUACAAUCGUGGUCAUCUGCACAAUAACCGGCCUUUUCUUCCAGAUAUCCGGUUCAGGUAAGUCAUAUCUGAUGUGCAGCCAUGGGACUUCUGUCGCGAAUGAGGAGCCGAAACAAGAGUUGCUCCAGGAAAAGGCGACUAACGGGUCGAAUGCCGUGGAGAACAAUACUGCCGCAUAG